AUGGCCAUCUCCAACGCCAAUAACGCAGCCCAAAAGCGAAAGAUCGUCAUUUUCUCCGACUUCGAUGGCACAAUCUCCAUGCAAGACACGGGCCACAUCCUCUUCGACACAUACGGCUGCGGUACCGAAGCGCGCAACAAACUCGAUGAGCAGAUCAAGUCCGGCGAGCGGUCAUUCAGGGACGUCUCCGAGGAGAUGUGGGCGUCGCUGAAUAUCCCCUUCGACGACGGGUUCAAGGUUAUGGAGAAGACGCUCGAGAUGGAUCCUGGGUUCCGGGAGUUCCAUCAGUACUGCUUGGAAAACGGCUUUCCGUUUAAUGUCAUCAGCGCUGGCUUGAAACCUGUGCUAAGACGGGUGUUGGACUCUUUCUUGGGGGCUGAACAUUCUGCCGCCAUCGACAUCGUCGCUAACGAUGCAAUCAUCAACCCCGACGGCUCACAAUGGAAACCCAUCUGGCGCCACGACACAGAACUAGGCCACGACAAAGCGCUCAGUGUAAAUGAAGCCCGGGCCGCGGCUCAAGCAACUUGCUCUCCCGACGAAAUCCCACUGAUCGUAUUCAUUGGCGACGGCGUGUCCGAUCUCGCCGCCGCGCGCGAAGCUGAUGUCCUCUUUGCGCGCCGCGGUCUGCGGCUCGAGGAGUAUUGCCGCGAGCAUGGCAUUGCGUAUACGCCGUUUGAUACCUUUGCUGAUAUCAAGUCCGAAAUUGAGAAGAUCAGUGCCGAGGAUCAGAGUAAGACGGGUGGAGUUGGCAAGCCGGUCAGGUAUAACCCACGGGCUAAUAUGUGGAGACGUAUUUCUAGUAAGGAAGCGGUUCCUACGCUUAUGGCGGCUGCGACGCCUUCUAAGGAGGAGAAGAUGUUUCUCUGGCCCGAGACGUUCUCGGACUACAAACCGAACACUAUUCAGGAAGCCGAUGAAACAUCUGUUGCUGCUUGA